GCUUUUAAAUCAUAAAAAGCCACAUUGUGUUAGGGUGAAUUUCACCUCCAGCAGACAUAUUAUGACAUAAAAUAAUCACUUUUUCGGGGCGUCUCACAGCCGCAGUGCCCAGACAGAAGUAUCCGCCCUUGUCUGUGAAAUGAGCUGUGUGUGUUUUUCCUUUAGUUUCGGUUUUGUCUUCGGGCUUUCCACCGCUGAUAUGAUGUCUCUAGAUCUUACGCACACUUCCUCAUCCGCCCCCCUCCUCCAGCAGCAGCCAUAGCAAAGGGGACGCGUCUUCCGCGCAGGCUGAAGAGAGCCGCACUUGCCUCCCCCCUUCCUCCCUCCUGUGAGCAGAGAGAGAGAGAGAGAGAGAGAGAGAGAGCCCCGCUGCUGGAAACGAAACUUUAAGAAAAAAGGCGCAGAGCGAUCGACCUCACUAUGUACAACUCUUUGACACCAGUUUAAGUACGAGGGAUGGACGGUGAGAGAAGCGAUGGAGGAGGAGGAGGAGGUGGAGAACCGGAGGUGGUGGAUGAGUUUGCGUGUGCUGGUAUGCUGCGGGGAUCUCUGACCUCCCUGCACAGCACCGUGGAACGCAUCUUCGGCGUGAUGUUUGGCAUCGGGGCAGAUGAUUUGUCUCAAGGCAACAACGGGCAGAUAUGGCUGAAACUACAAGGGCAGAGAAACAGCGUGAAAGCUGCCAAAUUAUUUGUGAAAGGAGUUGUGAACCAGGAGGAGCAGCAGGAGGUUUCCUAUCCCGGGGUUCUUGACUGCGUCUUCUGUGGAGCCAGAGGCCUCUUCAUGGACUGCCUGAUAAGAAGCACCUCAGCGCACAUAGUGGUUGGCUCUACGGGAUUCCUGCUCAUAUCAGGUCUUGCAGAGCCGGUGGUGCGAGCCUACUCCCUUAUCACAGACCUGGUGGAGAGGUGUGAGGGCACACUGUCCAGACGCUCUGAGAACAUGGACAGAGGCUUGGGCGAGUCUCUGGAUUCACGCCGGGCCUUCAAAACUCUGGUGGAGAAAUGGGAGGACAGACAUAUCCUGGAUCUGCUGGUACUACCAUGGUCAGUGAAGGAAAUCCUGCUGGAUUUGGUGAAAGAAUCAGGGCUUGGGUCGAGCCCCAGCCCAGAACUCACCGAUGGAAAUGCAGCGGCGAGACCGCGUGGGGAUUCAGAAGGUAGAUGGGACAGCACUACUGACCGGUGGGUUGAAGGGACGACUGCAGAAUCUGUGGAAGACUCUGCAGCCAACGAUUCCUUCUUCCAGCCUUUGUCCACGUCUGCAGGCGCUAGAGGGAGAGCAGAGGGUGCUGAGGAAAGACUCAUGCAUUCUCCACAGGAGGUGGGAGAAGAGGAGCAGCUGGAGCAAGCAGCAGCAUUAGGUAACAGAGUGACACAGAGACUAGGAGAGGACGGAGACAAGGAGCUGCAGUUUUUGCUUCUUUUGAAGUUUUUCACAGCCAUGGGGUACACAGAGGACGUCGUGAAACGAGUCCUUGCCCAAACGGGGCCUAAAGAAGCCUCGCAGAUACUGGACUUGGUUCAACAGGAGCAGGAUCGCAGUGACAGAGAGCAGACAAAUCAGGGUGGCCAGGACCAGAAGAAUCAGGACGGUAUUGCCUUGAAUCAAAGCGAGAGGAACCGACCGUGCGAGACGGAGCACAGAGAAGAUGAAGAAACAGCAGCAGGAGGAGAUAAGGUGAUAAGUAAUAAUGGAGAGGUGGGAGAUGUUUGCCAGAAAGAGGAGGACGGAGCGACAGGAAGCACAAGACACUUAAAGGGAGAAGGUAGUGCUGAGGUAAAGGAGGAAGGGCAGGAGGAAGACUUUGUCUUGGGAGUGUUGAAGAAAGCUGCAGCCAGCUGCGGGUACAUGGAGCAGAACGUGACCAAAGUCUACAACAUGUUGCCUGAUCGAUCCACUCACCAGCUGCUCCUGGAGCUGCAGAGAGAGGGUGGCAAAGAGAUGGACGGCUUCAGGGAGGGACCGAGAGAGAUGGACGAUGUGGUGCUGGAGAAAGGAGGACCAAAAGCUGGACCAGCAGAUGACAAAGCAAGAGGAGAAAUUGAGCUUUUCAUACCUGCAGAAAACAGGGAAUCCGAUGAUAAAGGAUGGGUAGUAGUGCAAAACCCAAAUGUACCUGUCCCAGAGCCAGAUUUGUUUACUUGGAUUAAUACACAGCCAAAGCGACACCAGCCUUCCAAGUCACAAACUCCACACAUUCCUGAAGUCAAAGGCCCACCCAUGUCUACUUAUUCCUCAUCCUUAGAUCCCCCACACACCAAUUUCCAGUCCAACAAACAAUAUGGCAGCAACUGGCCUAAUCCCACCACCUCAAAACAAAAUCAUCCAACCAAAGACGACAUCUUAAACCCAAAGUCCCAGUCUUCUAACUCCUUAAAACGAGCACUCCAAGCCCCACAACCCCCCAUCUUCACAGGGAAAGACUUGUCUCCCACCAGGGGGAGGGAAAAACGUGACUUCAUGGCGGCCUCUUCCGUGGUGGUGACAGGGGAGCAGCGUUUUCUGGAAGGCCUGCAGAUGCCUUUUGACCUUCAGCUAACAGACAAGCCCGGAGACCCGAAACUGAGGACAAUCAUCAUUGAUGGGAGCAACGUGGCCAUGAGUCACGGGUUGGGUCAUUUCUUCUCCUGUCGCGGGAUCGCUCUUGCCGUUCAGCACUUUUGGGACCGAGGCCAUCGUCACAUCAGCGCCCUCCUGCCACAGUGGAGACAGAAGAGCGACCCCAAGAUCAAAGAGCAACACUAUCUAGGUGAGCUGCAGAAGCUGGGCCUGGUCUCCUACACCCCUUCCAGAGAGGUUCAGGGCAAGAGGAUCAGCUCGUACGACGACAGACUCAUGCUGCAGCUUGCACAGAAGACGGAUGGAGUCAUCGUAACCAACGACAACCUGAGAGACCUUUCAGAUGAGUCCCUUGUAUGGAGGGACAUCAUCAAAAAGAGACUUCUUCAGUACACGUUUGUUGGGGAUCACUUCAUGGUGCCGGACGACCCUCUGGGCAGGGGAGGGCCUCACCUGGAUGACUUCCUACGCUCAGAGCACAGGACUCCUGACCCAGGAAACCACUCUUUUGCCUGCGUAGCCACCACUUUCCCUUCCUCCAAACCUCCACGCUCCCAAACGGAGGUACUGAACUUCCGUGACCGAACACUGGGUGGAGCCCUGGAUGUGGGACGCGGAGGGAGCCGGGGUAAAGGUAGAGGACAUGGGAAAGGAUGGGACGGGGGACACCAGCACAAGUCGUUUGGAGCUUCGGGGGCAGAGAGGAGCUCAGAGGAAACGGCCAGACUUAGAGAGCAGCUCUGUCAAGUUUUUGCAGGUCAGGACAACAUGGUGGCGCUGGUUCUGCAGUGCCACCCAGCAGAGACGGACAUCAAUGUGCUGUCUGAUAUGAUCCUGGAGCAGCAGAAGGAUUAGACACACGUUAGUCUUUUGUAAGGCUGAAUUUGCCUCAGUUUAAGUGAUGUAGUUGUGUUUGCCACCAAAGCAAGAACAACAAAUCACACAGGCUAAUCACUGACCUGCAUUAAGAACUAUUUUACAAGAACACCAACUUAUUUUUGACAGUCAAACACACACAUAUAUUUUAACUAUGGUAACGUGCAUUUGAAUACAGGUUCUUUGUCCCAUGUAUCGCUGUUUCUCUCCACCGUCAGCUGUCUAAUAAUUGUAAAAUAGUCAUUUUAUGGAGUUAUCUUUACCCAUAGAUGUGACCUGUUCCCGAUCCACUGUAUUAUACUUUUAUAUCUAGAUUACAAAAAAAGUAAUUCAAAGUUUGUAUGUCAGCAGACUAGUGAACUUUUGUCUUCCCUAUCCAAAGUAACCUUGACUCCUCCUCAUCCUCCAGUGGCCUUGAUUCAUCCUCCCCCAUCUACCUCACCUCCAUCUUCUCUGCCUUUGCAUCCCUCUCUUCUCCCUUAAAAUAUUAAAUUAAAUUUAGCUAGAAAGGACAGGUGGGAAGAGAUUCAAACAGCUGCUAGACACGGUCACUUGGACCCAUAAGGAGAUGAAAUACCACAGAAUUAUACCCUCUGCAGGCCGCACUGAUGAGACGCUUGAAUCAGUUGUUCUGACUGAAGAACUGUUGGAGUGACAAAUUUUAACAUCAUGUUGAUAAUCUACCUUUGUUGUCACACAUUAGGGGUGCUUACCUUGGGAGGAAAUUCCCCUUAAAUCCUCAAAUAAUAGAAAAUGGGCUUUUGUGACUGAAAUAUCUGAACAACUAUUAUAUGGAUUGCCAUGAAAUGUUGUGAAGACAUUUAUGGUUCCUAGAGGAUGAAUCCCAAUGUCUUUGAUGUCAACAUUUAAUUUCAUUUAUGACCAAAUACCUGCAAAACUAAUAACAUUCCCAUGAGCCUGGGCUGUACUUUGUGUUACGUGCUAAUUGGCAAAUACUAGCAGGCUAACAGGCUAAAGUAAUAUAUAAAUGGUAAAUGUUACCUGCAAGCAUUUGUUCAUCAGUAUGCUUUUAGCUCAAGUACAGGGGGCAU